AUGGAAAAGCUGUAUCAGUACGGGGUUUCUUUGAUCAGCUCUAGGGAUGACGAGUAUAGUGACUCCGAGAUAGCGCCCAUGCACAGCGACUCUGAGCGUGCUCCGCGCAGAGGAGAUCAUGAAAAUCGCCGCCGGGCACACAGCUCACAUCGACCUUCGUCACACAUGUCCAUCUCUGUGAGCUCGCGCGGGUGUCGUAGGCCGGAUGGUAGACCUUACGAGACACGCUCCCCGUCUACCCCACCAAAUUCCGAGUCUUUGAGUGCCCUGGAACACGCGAAUAUCGAGCUCAGGGCAAGAUUGGAAAAGACAGAGGGCGAUCUCGCGGCUGAGAGAAGUCUUCAUGAGCAGACCAGGAAGGAACAGGGAGUUCUGAGGCAAAGCCUGGACGACGGAAAGGUCGAACUUAAGCAGAUGGAAAAUGAUAAGGAGAGAUGGAAGCGAAUGGCAGGGGACCGAAAAAAGCAGCUCAGAGAAACCACCCGUGAGCUGAAUCGAUUCAUUAGCAGCACACAGGGCUUUAGCAAGAUGGAUGACAGUGAGUUCCAUAAUAAAGCCGAGCAGCUGCGAGGCGAUAUUCGGAACAUUACGUUAUGUCACCUGGCAACAGCCGAUGAGUUGGAUAUCUCGGACUCGACCUAUGCUCUCUUCAAACAGCGAUUGCGAUUGCCCGAAUCUAUCUUGGGAGAAUGUCUCCAAUCCUCAUCGAUACGCCCGGAGAUAGUGCAGGCGUUUCUAUGGGAGACUCUCCGUGCCGAUGUUUUUAGUCGAUUCCGAUGGGUACCCCAGUUGCCCGCUGAAGCGAUGAAUGCCAUGAGCAUCUUUUUAGCGCCUUUCCAGACACCCGAAUCAGAAAUUGUUCCCGAUGCAAAGCGCAAGUUUCACACGUGGAGGGCGACUACUACUAAUAUAAUGAUGGAAUGCCUGGCCCUGGACCAGGAACAGGUUAUGAGGGAUGCUAGCAAGCUUUGCCAAGAGCAAGCCAAGUUGACUGCCAAUGAUCUCAGUGAUCUUCUCCAGCCGCUACACCAAGGAGUCUUCGAGGAACUGCUUGUUGAGAUCUUCGACCAGACUUUGGUCUUGAGUGAGAUGAUUGAUACACAGCUGGCGUCUAUCACCUGGUCCGAUAGCAAGCGCAAACACAAGACAGAGGCCCAUUCCGAGAAAGGUCAUCCGCGUAACGACAAGGCCUUCCGGCUGAUCGUGGCGCCGGGGCUUAUGAGACGUGGAAAAUCGUCGGGAGACAGUUUUGAUGUCGAGGAAAUUGAGAUAUUACCCCCGUUGGUCAAAUUGGUUGCACAGAGAUAUUAA